CAAGUUGAGUGACGUCCGCCACAGGUAAAACGUUUUCCUUUAUUCCUUCCUUGUCGAUCAGUUUCGCUCUCCCACCUGUUGACGGUGGACAUAAGACAGAAUGGGGAAGCUACAGGAAUUCGAGAUAACCUUUAAUAACAACAAAACUGCCUAUAGCCCAGGCGAAUCUGUCUCCGGAACUCUUAAAAUCUCCUUGGCCCAGUCGAUACCAUGUAAAGCGAUCAAAGUGAACUGCCAGGGUGUCUGUGGAGUAACCAGCAAAGCACACGACACAGACUGGAUGGAGGAGGAGCAGUAUUUCAGCAGCUCAGUCUCUAUCGCAGAUAAAGGCACACUGAAAGAGGGCGAGCACAGUUUUCCCUUCAUGUUUCUCUUACCUGCCACUGCACCAACAUCAUUUGAAGGGCACUAUGGAAGCAUUAUGUUCAGAGUCAGGGCUUUCAUAGACACUCCUCGUUUCGCAAAAGACUACAAGGUAGAAAAACCCUUCAGCAUGUUAAACAACAUCAACCUCAACGAAGUACCUCAAAUACAUGAACCCAGCUCAUCUUCUGUAACUAAAAACUUCUCAUACAUGCUGGUGAAAAAUGGGACAGUGGUGCUGAAGGCCAAGAGUGAUUUGAGGGGAUACAUCGCGGGACAGAUCAUCAAAGUGUACGCCGAGAUCGAAAAUAGAUCAGAUAAAUCCACAGGUCAUGUGGUUGCCAGUCUAAUGCAGAAAGUAACAUAUAAUACCAAGAAGCCAACGAUUGAUUUAAGGGCAGUCGCAGAGGUUGAGGGACCUGGAGUUAAGGGGGGAAACAAAGGUGAAUGGAAGGAGCAGAUAAUUGUACCCAGUCUUCCUCUGUCCUCCUUAACCAGUGAAAAUCUCAUUGAAAUCAACUACUACAUUCAGGUCUAUUUGAAAUACCCAGAGGUGUCAUUAACUUUGCCCAUUUACAUUGGAAGUGUUGCAGUUGAUCCCACUCGCGCUUGCCCCUCCAGGGCUAUUCCACCCAUGCCAGUCCCACGGUCCAGUUCCUCCCCAGCCCCUUCUUCUGCUGCAGCCACCACUGACUCUGCCCCUCCCAUCCUGCCCCCUCGCACAAACCCUAAACCCAAACCCAGGCCUCGUAGUACCUACCUGCCUCCCAGCGCUCCUCCAGCAGAGCUUUACCCACAGCUCAGUAAUACAACUGAGUACAACAUGGAAAUACCAAAGAGUCCAGAUUCAGGUCACCAGAAUGCAGUGUCCCCAAAUGCAUUCAGCUACGCUCCUGGACUCAGUUUCAGACAGGGCCAAAACUCCAACAAUACAUCUCAAAACAGAGAGAGGAGUCAAACUCUGUCUGCCUCAUCUCCAUCGAUCCAGCCUCCAGACUAUAGGACGUCACCAUAUCCACACGAACCUCCACCAUCUUAUAAUGAUAGCUUCAGCACAUAGGAUGUGACAACCUAAGAAGAACGUGAGAAAAACAUGAAGUGUUUGAGUAAAACAUUGCUUUGAUACACGCUUAUGACUCAUUUGUAAAUUCAGACCUCAAGCACUUUGUGUAAUUUUACAAACUAUAAUCUGUGUUACGCUACAAACUAUAAUCUGAUAUUAAAUAUUAGAGGUUGAUUGAUACUUGGUUUGGCACCUGUGAUGCUAGACAAUUCAAAAUGCAUAAUGUGGCUUUUCCAUUUUUUCUUUUUAUUUAUCAUUAUUGUGAGCAAUUUUGGAACCACUUGUUUUAAAAGUUUUAUCAUGUUAAUGUUUAAUUAUUAGACUGUUCCUUGUUCUGUACAUUUGUGGUCACUUAUCACCUCACAUACCUGGGUCAAAUUCAGGGUUUGAUUUUCCUGAUAGAAGAAUGCAGUUUGGUUUGAAAUAUAUUUUUAUGUCUACUGUGUAUUUUUGGGGCACCAAUCAUCAAGUCAUUAUAUAAUAACGCUCUAGAUUAAAUGUAGUCAUUUAUAUAUAGUCUAUGUUGUGCGGUAUUACAUUACUUUUUUACUUUGUUAUUGUAUUAUUCUCAAGACAGUUUUAUUGCACACUACGUAAUUGUUUGUAUUUUACCAGUGAUUUACAGUUAUAUGUAGCAUAUAGAUAAAUAAAAUUGAUUUUGCAAUUAAA